GUGUGAUACAUCGUCCAUGUAGCUCACGAUGAAGUUCGUAGGAAUAAUAUUUUGCGUUUUGCUUUUUUGCUCUAAAAUUGUCGAUUCGAAUCCUCAAUCCGAGGGACAAAUCAGGCAAAGAGCUUACCAAUCUUCAAACUGGCCGGUAAAUAAAAAUGUAGCAAAUGAAGAAUAUCCUGAUACGGAUUUCGCUCAAUCUCAAAAUGGGGACACUUUGAUAAAUCAAGAACCGAACGAAAAUGUUCGCAAUUAUUAUCCAAAUCAAGCAAGAUAUACUAAUGACUUUAGAUACAACAAAGGUCCCAUUUUGUCACAGAGAGCAGAGGUGUUAGCGAAUGAUGAUUCUUCUGAAGAUGGACGUAUUUUGGAAUCUUAUCCAUCGAGAGUUGAGAGGUAUCCACUUAGAACAUCUCAAGUUCGCUUGGAUGACCAACAUAAACGAAAUUGGCAACAACCUAAUCAGUACGUUAGGUCUCAGGUUGUUAUAUCUGAGAAUGAGAGACCGUUGGAGACUGUGGAAGAACCUUAUCAUCCAGUACAAUUUGUGAAACCAAAAUAUAUUCCACCAGUAAAUCAACGAUUCCGUCAACCAGACAGGUCAUUCGUAGCUAGAGAACAAUAUCCGAUAACAAGAAAUGCUGACGAUACAGAAUAUGUUGCAAAUCCUGCACCCCGAUAUCAAUCAAGAGGGCCCGUUACUUACGAAAGUUUCACUGAAGAUCAAGACACACCCGUUGAAACAAGGGUAAGAGUAAAUAACCAAAAAUACGCGCAAAAUCCUGGUAUAGUAUCACAAUCAAGAAUAACUCACAAUGGACCCCGUGAGAAUGUUGGUUACGUUGAAAAUGACAGAUUUGUAAAUACUGCACCGAUAUCAAACUACAACGAUAGUCCUAGUGGGAUAACUGUUGUGGAAAAUUACGAUACUGAUGCUGUUGAUCUUACUCCAGUAAAUGAAGAAAGAGAAAUUCCUGUUGAGGUAAAUAAAGUUCCACUACAGAGACCUCAAAUCCAGAGAUACCCCAAUAACUUCAGGCCUAAUUCUCAUUGGAGUAAUGUUGCACGUCAUCAAACAUACAAUGCUGUACCCGUCCCAACUAAUUAUGAAGGAGAUUUGGUUUCUAACAAUCCUGCUCCCAUUAAUGAUAAUGGCGCUCCAUCUGUACCUAUAAUCCAACGGCCAGUAAGUUCUGAAGAUGAGGAUGAACCCAGAACUCCAUAUUCUGAUAAUGCAAACCCAGACAGGAAUUUGUAUCGGCAGUUGACUUCAGGAGUACAAAAAUACGAUUUGAAUAAAAUUGUGACUAACCCUCAAGUAAAAAAUAUUUUAGCUGCUAAUAACAAACGUUUUAUAGUUUUCCACCCAAAUGGAACUAUUGAAAAUUUGGAUAAGGUUGAUUUAGAUUCGCAAACUAAUUCUAAAUUCCGUUUGGUUCACUCAACUCCCAAACAAUCUGAUGUAGUUACUGUUGUGCCAAAAAGUGAAGUAGUUAACGAAACUCCAGCUCCACCACGUGCCCCAACAACUAUCGGCAAGUUACCGGUACGCAGAUUACCCCCUAAUUUAAAACCAAAAGUUGUUGAUAUUAACACAAAAUCUUUGCCUCUACCUCCACCUUCAACUACAUCUACACCUCUACCAGUAGAAGACACUAAUUUGAAGGUAUCUUCUGUAAUCAAACCUGUAGGUUUCCCUCCACAAGCUGAUGAGAGUUAUUCAGCACCACUACCACCUUCAUUUGAAGCUUCACCAGAAAAUGAUAAAAUAAAAAUAGUACCUGCGUUUGAACCUGCAAACGAUGACAAUUCUAAACCUAAGAAUACUAAUGAACCAGAAGAUGAAGAAACUUCGAGACCCUUGCCUCCAAAUGAAACUCAACCCUUAAAUGAUAAUACCAAACCUCAACCUGAAGAACCAGUUCAACCAGUCAAUCACCAUCGGUUUGUACGUCCAUAUCGUCCGUUACCUCCAUACGCAAGAAGACCUAUAUUAAGACCCCCAUUCAAACCUCUGCCACCUUAUGCAAGAAAUAAGUUCCAACCACUCUUCCCACGUGUUGAACAACCAGCAAAUGAUGAAAAAUUAAAUCCUGUAGCUGAGAAUGACGAUCAACCGCGUGAAAAUCUGCCAGAGGUGGAAAAUUUAAAUCCUAAGAUUGAAAAUCCACAAUCAGAUAUUGAAUCGAAACCAUUGCCAGAUAUUGAUCAGCCAGCAGGUAAUGGGAAACCAACGAUUUUGAAGCCACAAGAAAAGGUGGUAGUAUAUGAUGGAAGCUUUCAACCAUUAGAGGAUGAUUUAGUACCUACAACUCCAAGUAAUGAUGUUACUUCUACAACAUUAUCACCCAAAGAACCAGAAAAUAAGUUACCUAAAAAACCAAGAAGGAAAUUAAUUCGUAGACCGCCUACAACGACUACACCAGCUCCCACACCAGCCAACCCGGACAAAAACCCAGACGAUGAAAUAAUAACAAUAUCUCCUAUAGAAUUGAUUACUGAAAAUGUGAGUGAUGUUCCACCAACUACGCCCAGUCCAGUUAAACCGCCUGGUCCAGAGGACAGAAAAAAAGAUAAAAAUCAGAGUUCUACAACUCCAGCUCCCAGUAAAGAUGAUAAAGGAAAAACGACUACAGUGUCACCGAUUACUACAACAGUAGCUACUGACGAUGACGAUGAAACAGAAACUAGUAAACCCACUACAGAAUCACCCGGCGAAGAUGCAAAAAUAGUGGUCAGUAUCGACUCACAAGACGAUGAUGAAGAAGCUCCUCAAGUAUUUAAGACUAAUUGCAAAACAAUACAAGCUUACAGCGACGAUGAAGAUGGCGACAUCAAAAUCGAUCUGCCAAAAGGUAAAGGCAAAGGAGAUUCAGCCAUGUGGGUGAAAACCACUAAUCAAGAUUUUAUCGACAUUUUGACUGGUAAUAAUGACAAUGAUAUGGACAUGAUAUACGUGUUCAACAUUGAUUACCGCCCCAUCAUAGAAAGAGAGAAGCACACACAAAUAUUCCCUAACGGAACCGUUGUUGUGACCACAAAGGAAACUACAUAUUCAGGCAAAAAUGAUUCUAAGCCAAAGGUUGUGACAUCGACUCAAACCAUGCAAAUUGAAGAUUAUGAUUCAGAUGAAGAUUAGUACCUUUAAUCUUGAUUUUAAUCAGUUCUUUUUUUGGUUUAAUAAC